CGCCGCCCUGCCCACUAUGCCCGCUGUACCGCGCGCCGUCAAGAACCACCGUCAAAAGCGGUCCUACGCGCCGCUUCCGACUUCAUGGCGAUUUAAAUGCAAGUCGAGCUACACCGUCGAGGAAGCGCUCGCGCUCGAGCAGCAGAUCCAGGUGGUCAAGAAGAACGGCGCAAGACGCUAUAUCUGUCCCUCGUGCGACAAGGACGCCGCUCAGAAAACCGAAAUCGAGAUUCAUGUCCGCACACACACAAAGCUCUGCAGAUACUUUUGUCCUCAAUGCGACUACAAGGGCUCCGACCCCUCCGCGAUGCAGAAGCACUGCAAGAACAUCCAUGGCUGCAAGUCGCCGGGGAAGGACGAGCUUCCUGCCUGGAUGUCGACGUCGACGCCACUGCUGGCGUCGACAUAUGACGCACCCACCCCGCUGGACAUGACCGCCGCGAAGGAGGACAGCUCCAAGGUCGCGGAUAUCCACAACUGCCCUGCCAACGCCGCCCACUUUGUGUCGCAGCCACCGCCGCCGCCGCCAACGACGACCCGCAAGCGCCGCGCCUCGUCUGCCAUCUCCCCGCCCACCGUCACGGCCUCCAUCUCGCGCAUGUCGGUCUCGUCAGCGUCGCUGGCCGCCGCGAGGUUGCCCAUCCAGCCCUUGACGCCGCCAGUGAUGGCGCAUCAGGCGCCGCUCGCCCAGGACCCCUACCUUCCCACGGAUGCGUCAGCGUACCAGCAGGUCAACACCUCUUAUGACCAGCAUGUCGACGCCUCGUACGGCCAGUCCGCCAACACUAAUGGCCAGCCCAUCGACACCGCCUACGUCCAGCCCGUCGGCACCUCUUGCAACAACUACCAGCACACCAACAACUUCACGAACCAAUUCAUCCCGCAGAUUUACAACUGCAACCAGGUCGCCGAUGCCUGCCACGAGACGCCCGCCGACAUCUACUCCCACCCGCUUGCCAACACCUAUCAUGAGCCACCCCCCAACACCUACUAUGGCCAGCCCUUCAACACCCACGCCCCUUCGCCGGCCUCUUCGUACUCCUCUCACGGUUCGCAAGUUGGUUAUCAGCCCUCAAACGUUUCGACUUCCCCCGUGUCGACAUCAAUGCUCACCCCGCCGAUCUCGAUGCCCGUCCCGACAAUCCCGACAUUCAGCGCUGCCCUUCCGCCGCUCGACACGUCGAUCUCGAUGCUCAACCCAAUGCCCAACACGCCGAUUUCGAUGUCCGCCGCGCCGGCUGCCGCCCAGCCCUUCCGUCCGCGCCGGUUCUCGUUCAACCGCCAGUACCGCAACCCUAACGAGCCGGUAGCCGAGCCGUGGGCCAACACCCAGCAGCUGUGGAACGAGGCCAGUCAGGAGUGUCCCAACGAAUCUUUCGAGCAGCAGUGGAACAACACUGCCGAUCUGCUGUGGUCUGACGGCCCGCAAGUGUUCGACGACCUCCUGCAAGGCUUUGACGACUCGACCUACCAGCAGUGCUCUGAGGCCCCUCAGCAGAGGAUGUCGCCGCCUCACCAGGAGCAGACGACCAACGCCCCUGCGUGGUCAUCGUCGAGCUCGUCUUGCAGCUCGUCAUCGUUGGAUGGCUCUUUCCCGUCCCAGCCACUCGGCAACAAUGCACUCCCGCUGCACGACGUCGAGUCCCUGUCGCCCUACGAUCCCUCAUUAGAUCCGAUGUUCGCGCACCUUGACCCAGACGCCUUGCUUUCAUUCUGGGUGAACUCUGUCGAGCCUGUCUAUCGGUUGUUGCGUGACACGAAUGCGCUGCCGCGCCACUUGACUGAGCAAGACCUCCUCAAAUUCAUGUUGGCCAACAACUAG